UUUAACAAUUCUUUAAAUUUGUGAACUCGAUAGACGCAGCAACCGCACCAUAAAAGGCAACAUAGCAACCUCCCUCUGUCUCUGUGUUUUCAUCUUUGGUCGUAAGUGUUUGGGACUGAGAGAAAGUAAAGAGAAAAUCUCGUUUCAAUCUUAUUUGCUUUGGAAAAAUAUGUCGCUUCUUUCCGAUCUUAUUAACCUUAAUCUCUCAGACUGCACUGAAAAAAUCAUUGCUGAGUACACAUGGGUCGGUGGAUCUGGCAUGGACCUCAGAAGCAAAGCAAGGACUCUCUCUGGCCCUGUAAGCGAUCCUUCAAAGCUUCCCAAGUGGAAUUAUGACGGUUCCAGCACUGGUCAAGCCCCUGGAGAAGAUAGUGAAGUGAUCUUAUACCCUCAAGCUAUCUUCAGAGAUCCAUUCAGAAGGGGUAAUAAUAUUCUUGUCAUGUGCGAUGCUUACACUCCAGCUGGUGAGCCAAUUCCCACAAACAAGAGAUGCAACGCUGCAAAGAUAUUUAGCCAUCCUGAUGUUCUCGCCGAAGAGCCCUGGUUUGGAAUUGAGCAGGAGUACACCUUGUUGCAGAAAGAUGUUAAUUGGCCAAUUGGAUGGCCCCUUGGUGGCUAUCCUGGACCUCAGGGUCCUUAUUAUUGUGGUGUUGGUGUCGACAAAGCCUUUGGCCGUGAUAUUGUGGAUUCUCAUUACAAAGCUUGUUUAUAUGCAGGAAUCAAUAUCGGCGGCAUCAAUGGAGAAGUGAUGCCAGGACAGUGGGAAUUUCAAGUUGGUCCAGCAGUUGGCAUCUCUGCUGGGGAUGAGUUGUGGGUUGCACGUUACAUUUUAGAGAGGAUUACUGAGAUUGCUGGAGUGGUGCUCUCAUUUGAUCCUAAGCCAAUUCAGGGUGACUGGAAUGGAGCCGGUGCUCACACAAAUUACAGUACGAAGUCCAUGAGAGAUGAUGGAGGCUAUGAGGUUAUCAAGAAAGCAAUCGAAAAGCUUGGGCAAAGGCACAAAGAGCACAUUGCUGCCUAUGGAGAAGGCAACGAACGCCGUCUUACUGGCCGACAUGAGACUGCUGACAUCAACACUUUCUUAUGGGGUGUUGCAAACCGUGGGGCAUCCAUUCGUGUUGGCCGAGACACUGAGAAAGCUGGAAAUGGGUAUUUUGAAGACAGGAGGCCAGCGUCAAACAUAGAUCCAUACGUUGUCACUUCAAUGAUCGCAGAAACCACCAUCCUGUGGAAACCAUGAGGGGGCAUAAACUGGCAUUGUUCACUUUCCAUGGUGCAAAGGAAAGAGCUACGUUUUUCAGCAGGAUACACUCGUUUCAUUUCGCUUAAUAUUUUAGCUUUCUGUUGCCCUUGUAUUUUGAGGUAGCAAGGUAGCUUCUGUUGCUUCCUUGCAAUUACAGUUCUGCUCUUGCAUUAAAUAAAUGCGAAUGCUAAUAUUAGUAAUGAAAUGUGAAAGGAUUGGAUUUUGAAUUUCAGAAUUGUUAAGUAUUCAAUCUUUUU